UCUCUAUAGAAAAAAAGAAUUCCUGAAAUAUGGAAAGAAAAGACAUUCUGGUUUUCAUCUUGCUAUGUCUAGCAUCUGGAAUAUUUACAAUUUAUCGGUAUCAAGCAUGGAACGAGUCCAACGUUUUGAAAAGAAUAGUUUCCUCAAUGAAUCUCAAAUCGGUUAUGAAUUUUUCACAAAAUUAUGUGACAGAGAAAGUAAAGCCGAUAGAAUACACGUCAAAUCUCACAGUUGUCACAGCGUAUUGGAAUCUUGGGACAUUUCAAAAAGGUUCAACGGGCAAACUGCAUUUCUCGACGAACACCUACUUUUCUUGGGCCACCUCCUUUAAAUAUCUUGUCAAUCCACUGGUGGUGUACACGGACUCCAAAGAAUUCAAAGAGUUAAUGGAAAAAUUAAGAGCUGAUCGUAUGAAUACUACAGCAAUAUAUUUAGUAAAUCGUACAGAGAUAUGGCCUUUUCAACUUGUAGACCAAAUAAAAGCUGUCUAUAGCCAACCUGGUUAUCCGAAACACUAUCCCAAUACAGUGAAUCCAGGAUAUGCCGCGGCCCAACAUGCCAAAUAUGCCGUAGUUGCCAAAGCAGUGCAAAAACAAAUAUUCCGUGCUCCUUAUUACGUUUGGCUGGAUAUAGGAUAUUUUAGAGACAUUUCAAAUAGAAAAGUGUUUUUUGAAUUGAACAUUCCACCGGGUUUUGACCCCAAGAAAUUAGCUGUAAACCGGGUCAAUGACCUUUCAAUGAAUAUAGACCCUUUUAGUAUAUUUAGACACAAUAUUGUUUGGGUCGGGGGCGGUAUGUUUGUCGGAAGUGAAAAACUAAUUCUAGACUUUGAAAAAUUAUACCAUAAAGCAGUGUUGUACUUUCUUGACCAAAAAUUAAUGAAUUCUGACCAGCAAGUGUUGUAUUCUAUGUACAGUAAAAAAGGCAGGGAAGCUUUGAAGCCUAAUAUAGAACUUCAGUUGUACAUUCCAAAAGGAUCAGGAAAUCCAUGGUUUUAUUUAGGAUAUCUAUGUCUCAAAGAUGUUGUAAGACAAAACUCAUGAGAGAGAGAGAGAGAGAGAGAGAAUUUGUUUUAUAAAGUGCUGUAUGGACCAAACCCUUUCAGUAUUAUUAGGUUUUCUUUGUUGUUCAAAAUUAUGAUAUGUAUUUUUUAUAUAUGUAGAACCAAACAGAAUACUCAAUUCAUGAACAAACAUAACAAUAAAUCCUUUGUUAUUUAU